UUGUUGACAUCUUGUUGAUUGAGGUUAUGAUCAUAAUUGCACGUUGCUUUUAAAAUCAAAAGUUUUAAAUUUAGUGUUUCGUAUUUUAACGAAUACAAACCAAAUAUUCUUAAAGCAAUAAGACGAAGAAAUUAAAAAUUUUAUGUAUCCUCAAGAAAAUCUGGAAUCAGACAUCAUAAAAUACAGGGACGUUCAGUGCUAUAAAGUUUUACGAAAUCUAGAAUGGGUAAAACGAAAGACUAUUUAGGAUUUGUUCCUGCUGGAAAUUUCAAUAUUAUCGCCAGUGGUACAAGUAACGUAUCUUUCGUUACAUUGGAUGGACAAGAAGGAAGAUUCGUGGCAGUUGCGGCAUGUGAACAUGUUGUUAUUUGGGAUAUGAGAAGAGGUGAGAAGGCUCAAGUGUUAAAUGGCGAAAAGACUGCAGUGACAGCGAUAUGUGCUAGUCCAAAUAAACGACAAUUGGCUGUGGGUUAUGCCAAUGGACUUGUUCAAUUAUUCGACCUAAAGUCUGGAGACAUGUUGAAUCCAUACCAAGGCCAUACUUCUGCAAUUACUACUCUAGCCUUUGAUGAAGGAGGUUUCCUGCUAGCAAGUGGCUCACUGGAUACUGAGGUAGUGAUAUGGGAUUUAUAUGAAGAAAAAGGAUUAUGUAGGCUAUCUGGGCACACUGGACCUAUUACCAAGGUAGUUUUCAUGUCAAAAAUGAACGUAGUGAUAACUGCAUCUAAAGAUACUCAUGUCAAGUUUUGGGAUUUAGAUACUAAAUAUUGUUUCAAAACUGUCGUGGGAUUAGGAACAGAGGUUUGGUCUUUAGUACUCAUGAGGGAAGAAAAAUACAUGGUGACAGCAGCGUCAGACCAGACAUUGGGAAUUUGGAAAUUGGUACAGAAAGGUGAAAAUGAUGAAAACGAUAUGAAACAAGAAGAUAACCCUGAAACACAUGAAGACGAUGAUUUGAAGUAUCCGUUGCGAUGCUACAAAAUAGGUACUGUAGCUAGAGCUGGAAUUGGUCGUUCAGUAUUUAUGUGCGCUGAUGCUAGUGGUCAAAUAUUGGCUUGUCAUGGUAAAAAUCAGUUGAUAGAAAUAUUCCAAUUCCUGUCAGAUGAAGAGGCAGAUGCAAAAUUAAAGAAGCGGGUCAAGAGGUUGAGAAAAAGAAGCAGAACAGAAGAUGAAGAAGCGAAGGUUGAACUAACCGAUAAAGACCUAUCAAAAUCAGUGCUUGAUAUUGUGAAACGUUUACAACCUAUCAAAUUGACCGGAAAGCCAAAAUCUACAGACAUAGUAUUGGGAAGAGGAAAUGAGGUCCGAUUGGCAGUUUGUAUGAGGGAUAAUGAAUUAGAAUUACAUGCUAUGAAUUGCGGAAAGGAAGAAAAUGAAGCCAAAUGUUUGAAAAAAAUUUCCUAUCUUCAAGGUCAUCAAAGUGAGGUUAGAGCUGUAGCGUUCAGUAGUGAUAAUCAGCUCAUUGUAUCUGGUAGUGGGGAGUCUAUUAAAUCGUGGAAUAGAUCCACACAAGCCCGUGUCAUGACGCUGGAAACAAGUUCUAUAGUGACAGUGGCGUUUGUUCCUGGAGAUAGAUAUGUAUUAGCAGGAACCAAAAAAGGGGAAAUUCUCAUUGUAGACAUUGCGGCCGGUGAAAUUGUAGAAGACAUUGCAGCUCAUGACAAAGAAGUACGGUCACUUUGUUUGACAUCAGAUUUGCGUGGAGUAGUUUCUGGUGGCAUAGAUAAAGCAGUGAAAUUCUGGCAGUUUGAAUUGAUACAAGACAAGAAUAACACCGAUAGCAAGGGGAAAGUUCUAUCACUCAUACAUUCAAGGACACUCAAAUUGGAAGAUGGUGUUUGGUGUGUGAGGGUCUCGAAGAACGGAAAAUUCUUAGCUGUUGCGCUCUCAGACUCGACAGUGAAAAUAUUUUUUGUUGAUAGUUUUAAGCUCUUCCUAUCUCUUUACGGUCAUAAACAACCAGUACUAUCAAUGGAUAUCUCAUCGGAUUCUGCGAUUAUAGCUACUGGUUCUUCCGAUCGUAAUGUGAAAAUUUGGGGCAUGGACUACGGUAACUGUCACAAGAGCAUAUUCGCUCACGAUGAUUCCAUUACCGGAUUACAGUUUGUCCCUGGGACCCACUUGUUUUUCACAUGUGGAAAAGACGGAAAAAUAAAGCAAUGGGAUGGAGAUUCUUUCCAGAAAGUUAUAACUCUGCAAGGACAUAUUGGCGAAGCUUAUGGAUUGGCUGUCAGUCCAAAUGGAAAAUUCGUAAUUUCUUGCGGUUCCGACAGAGUGUUACGUCUGUACGAAAAAUCUGAUGAAAUAAUUGAAAUAGGAGAUCAGGAAGAGAUGGAAAGAGAACAGCAAGAGCCCCUAGCCACAGGAAAUGUAACAGUUGUGCCCGGACAUGGUGAACUCAGUUUACCGUCCAAAAAGACAGUUGGCUGCGAAGCAGGGGCAGACAAUAUUUUGGAAGCAUUGCAAGUGUGUGAACAAUACGAGUUAGCACUUGAGGAAUGUCGAGGGAAUGCCAAACCACCUCUACCACCACUUAUGAUGGCCUAUCAGGUGGAAACCAUCGAUGAUUAUCUUAUGAAAGUUAUAAAAAGUAUAAGACCAAGUGAUUUGGAACAAGCACUCCUCCUGCUCCCCUUUGAAGCAGUGUGCAGAAUAAUGAAAUAUUGCCCGAUGUUGCUGGAGAAAGAGCAUGAUUUCGAUGCUAUUAUGACCAUCUUUUCGUUUUUACUGAGGGUUCAUCAUUCCACCAUACUACAGACUGAAGAUUUGUUUGAAACAAUGGAAAAAUUCUCAGAAAUAAGUUUUGUGAAAUCGAAGGAACUGAAGGAUUUGAUUGGUAAUAAUUUAUGCACUCUGAAAUAUAUUCAGAGAAAAUAUGAAGGAACUGAAAUGCUAACGAUAUUCAAGGAUGAUACUAUAAAGAAGCAAAAAAAGAUUACAGACAACAGAAAAAGAGAGAAAAGGAAAUUAAAUAAAUAAAUAAAUAUGUAAAAGAAAUCUAC